CGCGAAAUGUCUGCGCUGGUGAGUGUUGUGUGAAGACUGUUUCUGUAAAGCCUUCCUUUUUCGAUGAGGAUUUGAAUUUAAAGCAGACGGAAAAACAAAAGUUUAUUUUUCCUUUAUUGGUUAUCGAUUAUCGGUAUUAUAUCUGAGCUUGUGCAGCAGACGGGGAGGAAACAGGAUGAAAUAUUUUACCAGACUGCGAGUCAGACGGGUGUACAAGUGGCUUGGAAACCCUCUAAGUUUUAACAGGAAGUUAAAAACCUAUGAAUAUGGCUCUUUGGCCAUCAGUGUGGAGGGUCUCCCGAGGACCACUGUUAUUAGCACGGGCCAGCACAUCCUCAUAGAGGGAGAUGACGAAGACAACCCGUAUGUGGCCAAAGUCAUCAGGCUGUAUGGUGAUGAGAGUGGGCAGCAGAAGAAGGCGGUGGUUCAGUGGUUUGUCCGUGUGUCUGAAGUGCCUCUGAGCAAACUGAACCUGCUGGGCAGAGAGCCUCACCCACAGGAGAUCUUCUACUACAAGGGGCGCAGCUGUGACGACGAAGUCAAUGCUGAGUCCAUCCUCAGACCUGUGAAGGUGAAGCACCUGGACGGAGCAGCUCCAUUCCCGGACUCUAACGAUAGAGACACCCUGUACGUGAAACUGUCCUGGGACUCCAAGACCUUCAAAGCAGUGGAGUCCGAACUUGUCUCAGCUUCCUCCUCCCCUCCUCCUUCCUGUCCCAGACCCUCCCUCCCCCCCUCCCCUCCCAACUCCCCACCUGCAGCGGCUCCAGCGACUCGUGGCCCUGCUCGACGGGCCCUGCCGACCCCGGACCUCGCCGUCAUACGCCGGGCUGCGUCAGGGGAAGUGAGAUACAGCAGGGCCACCAUGAGUGCGGGGAAAGCUGGUGCAGCAGAAGCAGAGUCGCUGCACUCUGCCACCAAACUGUCGGCCUCCAAAUGUCUGAGUGCCAAGAGGAGGAACGCCUCGGCCAGGACGCCUGGCGUUCGCAAGAAACUGGAACUAAACGGUCCAGAGAAGUCGUCAAUGAUCCGUGAGGACAUCCUGAGCAAGCUGCUGGACGAGGAGCUGGAGUCAGAGGUGACGUUGUCUCAAAGGCUGUCGUCGUCAUCCUCUCCUCCUCAGGUCCUGCCCCUCACCCACAGCCUCAGCCCCCUCAGGAAGGUCCACCAAGCCCCCGCCGCUCAGGGAGCUUUCCCCCUGAAGCCCUCCACUGUCGUUCUCAACAAACAUUGUCUCUCUGAAAUGGACAGUCCUCCAUCAUCUGCAAGAGACGACUCCUCCAGUCUCCAGCAGGGUGAUGAUGUGAUGGAUGCAGGGUUACCGACUGACUCGGUUAAGACACCCAGAAGAAGAACUGCUACGCCAAGGAGACAGUAUGCCAUCAGAGGGCAGAAAGCCACCACUCCGUCUCGAAAAAAAGAACAGAAAACCCUGAUGGAACCAGCCCUGGGAGUGCUGGCUGAAGUGGAUAAUGAAAGCUCUCCGAUGCUGCCGGUCACCGCCACGCCGAGGAGCUCCAAGAGGAAGUCAGCUCAGCAGGUGUCGUCUCGCAUCAGAAAGCAGCUGAAUCUUCUGGACAACCAGCUGGACCUGAACUCAGAUGGAGAGGAUGAGGACGAGUUUGUUCCAUCCAAGAAGGAGCUGCAGAGCAGCAGUGAGGAUGAUGGUGACGAUGGGGAAGAGGAGGCAGGGCUGGAUAGUGAUGAGGAGGUGUUGUCUAAAAAAGGCAGACAUGCUGCUGCAGGGUCUGGCACUCCUCGUUCAAAGCAGAAAACUCGCUCCUCGACCAGAACGCCUCGAAAGACUCCAAACAUAAAGGUCACACCCAGCACGCCACGGACUCCUCAUCGCGCCACUCCCAGCAUCCCUAGCAGGUCGCUGCCAGCCCGAAAGCCGGCUAAUGUUCUGGAGGAGGCCAGAACCAGGCUGCAUGUGUCCUCGGUGCCGGAGUCUCUGCCCUGCAGGGAGCAGGAGUUUCAAGACAUCUACAGCUUUGUUGAGAGCAAGAUCAUAGAUGGAACGGGAGGGUGCAUGUACAUCUCAGGUGUGCCAGGUACAGGUAAAACGGCCACGGUCCACGAGGUGAUGCGCUGUCUGCAGCAUGCGGCUGAGGUGGACGAGAUUCCUCCUUUCCACUUCAUCGAGAUCAAUGGGAUGAAAAUGACAGAUCCUCAUCAGGCCUACGUCCAGAUCCUACAGAAGUUGACGGGUCAGAAGGCCACGGCCGACCACGCAGCAGCGCUACUGGAGAAAAGAUUUAGCAACCCUGCGCCCAGGAAGGAGACCACUGUGCUGCUGGUAGAUGAAUUGGACCUGUUAUGGACCAGGAAGCAGAACGUCAUGUACAACCUGUUCGACUGGCCGACGAGGCGUCACGCCCGCCUGGUGGUGCUGACCAUCGCCAACACCAUGGACCUGCCGGAGAGGAUCAUGAUCAACAGAGUGGCCAGCAGACUGGGUUUGACCAGGAUGUCGUUCCAGCCGUACACCUUCAAGCAGCUGCAGCAGAUCAUCACAUCCAGGCUGAACAAAGUGAAGGCCUUUGAGGAGGACGCUCUUCAGCUGGUGUCCAGGAAGGUAGCCGCUCUGUCAGGCGAUGCUCGCCGAUGUUUGGACAUCUGUCGCAGGGCGACAGAGAUCUGUGAGCACUCUGCUGCUGACCCUUCUGCCUCAAGAUUGGUGGGAAUGAGUCACGUGAUGGAGGCGCUGAAUGAAAUGUUUUCCUCCGCCUACAUCACUGCCAUCAAGUGUGCAUCACUGCAGGAGCAGCUCUUCCUCAGGGCAAUCAUUGCUGAGUUUCGCCGACUUGGAUUGGAGGAGGCCACCUUCCAACAGGUGUUUGUGCAGCACCAGGCUCUGUGUCGGGUGGAGGGUCUGCAGCCAGUCACCGUGUCGGAGGGUCUGGCGGUGUGUCAGCGUCUGGGAGCCUGCAGGUUACUGCUGCUGGAGUCCAGCCGUUUGGGAGUCCUGCAGAGAGUCCGCCUCAAUGUGAGCCAGGACGACAUGCUCUACGCCCUGAAAGCUGACUGAAGGAGAAUCCUCUUCAGACUCAUUUAUCUGAACUACAUGAGACGUUAACCUGUCUGAGUUACACAACCUGAAACGAAACAGAUUUCAGUUUUUAAACCUUAAUAUUAAGUCGAGGCACAGAUUUGGAGUCAGUUUUUUUGCAUUUGAUGGUAUGUUUUCUCCAUAAAUCAGUUAGUCUUUAAUUAUUUUAAGUUUUGAUGUUCCCAGUUUAAAAUGAGAGAUUUGUCUUUCUGGAAUUGUUUUUAACAUUGUAUAGUGCAUCUGUUUGUUUUAUGUUUAAUACCUGAAUAUGCAAUAAAACUCCACCUUUAAUAUGAAU